AUGGUACUGGAUACCAUGUCCGGCAGCGAGAUUUUUAGCGCCAUAGACCUGACAGACGGGUUUUACCAGAUUUUAAUGAGGGACAGUGAUAUCCCGUUCACCGCUGUCAGCACACCGAGUGGGAUGCUUUGGGAGUGGCUAGUCAUGCCACAAGGCCUUAAGAACGCUCCAGCAACGUUCAACCAGAUGGUGACACAAGUGCUUCGGCCACUACGUGAUUUCGCUCCAAGUUAUUUCGACGAUAAUUUUGUUCACAGCCGCGCUGAGCAACAACUCAGCGCUACGGAGGUCCACCUUCUGCAUUUGAAACAGGUGUUCCAAGUGAUGCGCGAGAACAAACUGUACGCAAAUUUGAAGAAGUGUGUCUUCUGUGCUCCCGAGAUUCCAGUUCUUCGAUGCUAUGUUAGCAAGGAGGGUGUCCGUGCUGAUCCCGAGAAAGUGUCAUCGAUAUGUUCCUGGUCUACGCCCAGGAACCAAACGGAACUACGCCAAUGGCUUGGCUUGGCCAAUUACUUGCAUAAGUAUACGAAGAACUAUGCAGAACUAAUCCAGCCACUAUCGACUCUACUGAAGAAAGACGCAGUUUGGUCAUGGAAAGCUGAACAUCACUCUGCCUUCAACUCUGUGGAAAAGAGCUUGUCUGAAGCACCAGUGCUGAUGUUGCCUGAUGAUUCCAAGCCAUUUCACGUCGUCUGUGAUGCGAGUGAUUUCGCUAUUGGAUGUGCCCUCAUGCAGUUUGACGAUGAGGGCCGAGAGCGCGUCGUGAGCUUUCAGUCACGACAGAUGAAACCCGCAGAGAGGAACUAUCCGGUACAUGACGAGGAACUUUUGGCUAUGCGUUACGCGCUGAUCAAGUUCAGAGUAUAUUUGCUCGGCGAGAAGAUGUUUUCGGUCUAUACAGAUCACGCAUCAUUGCGUACCGCCGUCAAGACUCCCCACUUGUCCCAGCGUAUGGCACGUUGGUUGUCAUACUUCUCAGAGUAUAAUUUCGUGGUCUUUUACAAACCCGGCAAGAACAACAUUCUUGCUGACGCGCUUUCUCGACGUCCCGAUUAUGAUCCUCGACGUGACAUGGGUCAUCAGCCAGGCAUUGCUGAAGACGAGGACGACGACAUUUGUUUAUGCUGUGCUGAUCAGGGGCUCAAUGCAAUGAUUUCGACACCUGAGCUGUCAAUCCGGACUCAAAUCGCUGAGUCAUAUGCGAACGAUUCAUUCUACACGGGAAUCAUCAAUUAUCUUCGACAUCCUAGUGAGGGUUCACUCGCGAAGUUGACGAAACCAACGCGUGACAACAUCAAGCGGUACGCGCUUGAUGGUCCGCUGCUGACUUAUACAAUGAACGUUUUCGACCCACCGCGCGUCGUCAUCCCUGCUGAUGACGACCUCCGCGCACGAUUGGUGCAUGAAUUUCAUGACACUCCAACUGGUGGUCAUUUGGGUCGCGAGAAGACGUUCGCGGCCAUCUCUCGUGUGUUUUUCUGGCCGCGUAUGUACAUAUACAUCCAGAAAUGGGUACGCUCUUGUGAAAUAUGCCAGCGUGUGAAGCCUGCGCCGUCUUCACAAGCUCCAUUGCGUCCGCUUCCGAUUGCCAUCGAAGCCUGGCGUUCGGUCAGCAUGGAUUUCAUCUUUGGUCUCCCUCCGGACGAACAGAAACGCACGGGCGUAUUGGUUUUUGUGGAUCGAUUUAGCAAAAUGGUGCAUUUUGCUCCAGUCUCCGCGCACGUUACGGCGGAGACGACCGCGCAGAUCUUCAUCGAUCUCAUAUUUCGACAUCACGGCUUGCCUGAAUCAAUUGUUUCGGACCGCGACCCGCGCUUUACAUCAGCUUUUUGGGCAACGUUGUUUCAACUAUUGGGCACGCGACUGCUUAUGUCUACGGCAGCCCAUCCAGAGACGGAUGGGCAAACGGAGCGCGUGAAUAGAGUGCUUGAAGAUGUACUACGCAGUUAUGCGACAUCGUUCCAGUCGUGGAGUUCGUUUCUCCCUCUCGCUGAAUUUGCAAUCAACAACGCAGUUCAUGCGUCGACUGGGUUAACGCCAUUUUUCGUGAAUAACGCGAGGCACCCUCGCGUUCCAGCGCUUCUUGCUCUUUCAGCUUCAGCACAACCAGUUUCUCAGCUUGGUGGGGGAGUAUCUCCCGAUGACACUACGCGAAAAAUUUUGAUGAUUGGUAAUGUUGAAGACAAGGUUGCUGCCGAUGCAACUCAUACUGUUAAUUUUGUGGCCAAUGGCAUAUCGAGUCCCGACGCGAUGCAUCCCAUCGCGUCUCCCGUCGCUAAUUUUGCUCCUAAAGAGUCCACUUCUCCUGUAAGUUCGGCUGCUGUGACCGAAUUCCUAUUACUACGGCAAAGUAUCACGCGUUUUGUACGCGAUGCACUCCAAGAAGCAGUGGAUAAACAAAUUGGAGAACGCGGACAAGCGAGGUCGAAAGAACUUGCUGACGUUCAAAGAAGGUGA